CACGCUGCGGCAGUUAUGGCCCAUCUCUGGCGAUUGACAUUUUUAGUGUGUCACUAAAUGCAUGUGUGUAGAAAUACGUACAAAGCUAAUUUUAGCUAACAUUUGUUUAUCUACUUACAUUGAGGCAGCUGAAGCGCCACCUAAAGGGUCCUUCCCCGGAGCAGCAACAGAAGUUAUUAACGUAAAGUACAUCGAUACAACCGUGAUUCCGACCCGCGUGAACAUUCAGGUUGAAACCACUGUGUGUCAACGUGACAAUUUACGUCGAUUUACGUCAUCGUUUGACGCCGUUUCAACUUUGGGGGAAAUGAUUUCACCUGUUUAACGGUUUUUGACAACACGUGCAGAAAUGAGCUCUGAGGUGUGCCCCUUCUGCGGCAAAAUUUACAAAAGGCUAAAGAGUCACCUGCCGCACUGCAAGGCGGCAGCGAGCCCCGACACACCUCCGACCAAACGUGUCGCGGCGAGCGAGACGACGACGACGACGUCAUCGUCUGCACAGCUGGUCGCGCCCUACAGCGGACCAGCGGCUGAGCCCACGCAGGCCUUGGCGGUGACGUUGAUUCCGCGUUUAAAGAAGAAGAGCAAGAAGAAGUCUGCAGCGCCGUCCCCGGAUUCUGCGCCACUUCCGCCUCCGACUGAGAAGACGAGGCAAAAGCCGCCGCGGCGGAUCGAGGGCGCCGUCGUUCCUCCCUCCAUCACCGGUUCCCUCGCCUCCUCUCUGUCGCCGCCUCUGCCGCCGCCCCCCGUCCCCAAAAAGCAGAGUCUCCGUGCUUCGAUAGAAGCAGCAAAGACCAAACGCGCCUCUGAGGGAGCCGGAUCGGCCUCGGAAGACCGGCCCUCGGGUUCAGCUCCAUCGGCGGCCAGGAGAGAGGACGGCGCCCUUCCUGCCGCUCCGUCCACAGCCGACAGACCCACGGCGGCCUCUGAAAAGAAGGCGGCGCGGGCCAAGAGGGCCGCAGAAUACCUCUCCGCAACCAAAGAUGCCCCCAGCUCGCCGGACUCUCGAGGCCACCAAAGCGGUGCUCGUGCGAGAGCCGAGUUCUGGGCGGAGGGCGGCCGGGAAGUUGAGGAGUCAUCUGUGAACGAGGUGUUCUUGAAACCAGGAAGCGGCCACAGGGCCGGGAUCUCCCUCCAGGACGUCAGAGCCACGCUCGGGCGAGCCAGCGGCCCCCGUCGGCCCGCCGGGACCAGCGUCCUGAGCCGGGUUGAAACCACCGACAAAGCGGCUCCGGCUCCACCUGCCUCCCCUGCGGCCUUCCCGCUCCUUCCCGGCCAGCUGCCCCCGCCGCCGCGCGCCGUCAGCGCCCACGGGGGGGGGGCGCAGAUGGCGCCGACGCACACGCGGCUUUCCGACCCUCUGCCGGCAGCGGGGGGGGAGGCGUCGAGAGGUGGCGACGGGUUGAGGUCGUGGCUCGGGGUCAGGGAACAAAACGCAGCCGGCAAGGGACCUGAAGGUGCUCUCGCACAGCGGCGUCUUGCCCAGGUGAAACUGAAGGAGUUGCCCGAGUGGCUCAACCGCAGGAGCCCCAGCCACCCGAGAGACGUGGUGCAAAUGGUGCAAGGAGGCUGGCGGUGGUAUAACAAGAGGUACAUUGACGUGAAGAAAGGCGGUGUAGGUGGACUGGGCAUGUUGUUGGCGGGGUACUGUGCGCUCGGCUACAUCUGGAGUUACCCUCAUCUGAAGCGUGAUCGCUGGAGGAAGUACCACUAAUGUCAAGAGGAAGAGCGUGCGUGCGUGUGAGGGAAGGCUUUGGGACCUAAAGGCAUUUCUCCCAUUAACUCCUAGUGUAAAGAAUCCUAACAUUUCCACAGACUUCACACUUGAGAGUUUGCUACCCGUACAACAUGGAACACGUUUCUUUUGACCUUUUGUGAGCAACAGGUUGGCUUCUCUUGGCACGAAGGCUGGACACAACGAGCCCAGCUCUGUUAAAUGAUAACAUCUGUUUGUGUAUUCCUUCCAAAAACGAGCCCUUCCCGACUUGCUGUUUCCAUCCAUAUAGCUAAGCUGAGCUCGCCUGUAGCUUUUAUAUUGUGGAAUGUGUGGUAUCAUUUUUAUUUAGUACCUCACCAGAACAGGAAAAAGCAGUGUUUCAGAAAAAGGCAGAACUAUUCCUUUAACUAGUGGAAGCGUUGGGAUUCUCUUCCUCUCAAAUGAUUUGCACCCGCACAGCAUCACCAAAGAUGAAAGCCGGCUUUAUCAUUUUUUUGUAUUCAUUCACGUUGUCACAUACUCUUCUAGUUGCCCCCAUUUCAGUUUGAGAAGGAAAAAAAAACUUCCACAACGGAGCAAAACAAAUGUCCUUACUGGAAUCCGUUUGGCCGCCACGUGACUCCUCGGCCGCCACCAGGUGUCGCUGUUGUGUCACCAAAAGCCACUCGGCUGCGCAGUGAAGCGUUUGCAUAGUUUUCUUCUGCUCCUUUUGUGUCGGCGUUGGGGGCCCAGGGGUCAACGAGGAUUAUACAGUGUGUGAUCGUAUUCAAAAUUAAUUUAUUGUUUACUCUCCUUGCUGCUGUAGUGAACACA